AUCUAUGGGUACACGUAUGGCAUCGUCGCGGUUGACGAGGCUGCGAAGCUUCGCAACCUUUCCAAGAUGUGGAAUGCCAUGUCAGAGGCCCUCCAUCGCGCCCACUGUCCAAUUGCCAUGACGGCCACCCCCAUGCACAAUAGUCCCCUGGACCUCCUCAAUAUCGGCAUGGCCUUGGGUGUGCCUGAAUGCGAUGACAACGCGUACGCGACGGAUAUCAGACGGGAGAUUGGCCGCACGUCACGCAGGGCAACAUUAGAGUUCAACAAGGCCAGCAAGGAGAAGGAUUUCGUCGACAACCUCGUCAGCGGCCAAGUGGACCUCCCUGCGAAGAAGGAGCAACUUCACGCGAUGGCCAAGCACAUCAAGACACUCCGGACCUUCUUUCAGGGCUACAUCAUCCGACGAACUUUGGAUGCCCUCGAUUUUGAAGGCAAGCCCAUCUCCGGCCUGGCCCCUUUCCUCUCGCGCACCAUUCUCCUCACCCCGCUCGAAGCGGAGAAGAAGGCGUUGGCGGGAUCGGCGGCGGAGAUCAGUCUUGUCAUGGGGUCGGGUCCACCUGGGACAUUGGGCUGCGCGCUUUUAACCACUUUGGGCCCCUGUGCGCGUACAUCCAACAUCACUGACCUCGCUACCCAGCACUUCUACAUGGAUCAUCGCCGCACCCACCUGAACCACAAGCUCCGCGAGCAGGACGACUGGAAACCUGAGGAUAUGGAGGACUACCUCGCGAACAAAUCCGCCAAGCUCGACGCCUUGGUGCGGAUCCUUCAGUGGCACCUUGGGGAAGACAACCGGCCCCCUCUCAAACUCGACGACAGCGAAAACCUGGUGCCGGAUGCAGAGUACCCCAUGCCAACCCCCUCCCCCAACGCAGGCCCCGAUCGCGCUGUGGUGUACGCCGCCUUCCCGAUGAACCACGCCAUGAUCCGCCAGGUCUUGUCUUUGCAUGGCAUCGAAUCCAUCGAAGUCAACGGUCGCAAAGGGGGCUCGCUUCGCGAGGAAAGGUUUGACAUGUUCAAGCGCUCCAACCGUGACCAACCUCGGACCCUCGUCAUGUCCAACGUGGGCAUGAUGGGGUUGAACCUUUCGGAGGCCAAUAUCCUCAUCUGCCUGGACCAGCUGUGGUCGUACCAAGAAUAUUUGCAGCUUGUCGGCAGGUUGUGGCGAUUCCCUCAGCCGAAGCCCGUCUUUGUCUACUCCUUGUGCCUGAAGGAUCCGACAGACAUGACGUUGACCGUCAUGUCCUUCACCAAGGCCGAGCUCCUGUCCGCCUUCACGGAGGCUUCAGAGGACACUCGUAAGUGCACAUAA